UGUGCGAGAGAGGGAGAAGACCAAUGUUCUGUCAGGGCUACCACAAUCUCUCCGCGUGAGAUGUUCGCGGAAUUUUGUCGAAGUUCUUAACUCUCGGGGUCAAGAAGCAGCAAGAUUAAAUACGAGCAAAAGAAAAUCAGGAGAAAGGGAAAAAAGGAACAACGAAUCUAAAUGCUUACCAUGGCUGGAGGACUUUUUCCUUCUUUCAUCCUCGCUGUCCCUCUUUGUGAGUGAGGUGGGCUGGGUCGGGCCGCCACGGAUUGCUAGACCCCACUUCUUCCACCACUGCCACCACCACCGUCGCUAACUUCUCCUUGGUUUGCCAACGUUUUUAAUAUUUUACUUUCUUCUCUCUCAAUCGAAUUAAGUCCACCCAAAUGCUUAAAAAUUUGUUUACGCCCAAAAGAUUCCUAAAACUGCUCCCCAUGAUGACUUGCUGCAACCCAUGUUAGAAUCCAGCCAUUUCCAGGCAGCCAGAUCCUCCUCUUUUUUCCGCCUUUAUUUAUAUAGAUGACGAUUAUGCCUCCGGCACUUGUCCCUUAAUACCUGUUUAUUGAGUCAAUUCUCGUUGGCUCUUCGAUCCUGAACGAUCUCUUACAAUGGCUGAUCAUCAUCAACUGCCUGGACCAGUUUCCGGCUCGAUCUGCCCUCCCCAAUUCGUGAGUUCCCAAUUUGGUGAUACCACCUACACUAAGGUGUUUGUCGGAGGGUUGGCGUGGGAGACGCAGAACGGGACGUUGCGCCGUCAUUUCGAGCAGUACGGCGAGAUUCUCGAAGCCGUCGUGAUCACCGAUAAGAACACCGGCCGCUCUAAGGGCUACGGUUUUGUGACAUUUGGCGAUCGUGAAUCAGCAAGAAACGCAUGCGUUGAACCAAAUCCUGUUAUUGAUGGGAGGAGAGCGAAUUGUAACCUGGCGUCGCUCGGCCGUCUCCGACCCUCUACACUCUCUGGACGUUUGCAGUCAGGGAGUCCUUAUUUUAGGAGUGUCCAAGAUGCUGAGGGUGCUUUCUUGGGUAGCACGACAGGUCACCAACCAGUUUCUUAUGGAUAUCAACAAGGAUAUGCUUUUCCUUCAUAUGGGUACAUGACAUAUGGACCUGAAUAUGUUUAUGCGCAGAAUGUUUACAGCCCUUAUAUGGGUCUUCCUUACGUUCAGAUGUACAGGACACCUGGCACAGUCAAUGCACCUUUUUAUCUAAUCAGCCAAUCUGGUCAGCAGCUCUCUAGUGCCAAUGGUUAUCCUCAUGUAGUUCAGGGAUAUGCAAUCGCUGGCCAUCCAAUUGUUCAGUUGGGUAGCCCAAACGUCAAUUUGGCGACUCCGUCACCAUUUCUUCCAGGUAUAUCUGCUCCUAUUCCAUCAGCACAGACACAUACUUUGAUAACUGAACAUUCUCAGCAGUUUACUCAUGGUGCUACUGGUUCAGACCAAACAACAGUUUGAACAGGGUACUGGGAUGCUUUCAGUUUAUUGAGGUCUUAGAUUGCAGCAGAAGUAUGAAAAGCAGUCUCCUACUUGACUGGCAGGCGUGAAUCUACCCUUGCAAGUUAUCGUCUUUGUAUUCUAAAGUAUCAUGCAGGCUAAGACAUCUAGGGAGCCUGUCGUAUCAUCCAUUCUCGGUUGAGUUAAAACUUUUCUCUUUUUGUUUCGAUUGUUACUGCAGGUCAUCCAUAGUUGUCAUGUUCAGAAGGAGGUACAGGUCUAGCUUCCCCUCUGCAUUGUGUUGUCAUUCUGUUAACGUUUGUAAUCUGCAGGACCUAUGUUGUUCAUGAAGUUAAGUCGAAGGUGGCUGAUCGAUCCCUAUUUUACUCGUUGUCCCUGAGAAGUACUAACACUACAUAUAUAUGUUGAUAAGCCUCAUUCUUAUCACUUUAGAGUUUAGACUAUAUAGUUACAAACUUACAGAUGUCUUUUGUCGGGCUUCUGUGCAUAUGAAUCAUGCGCUAUUGUGAAAAUUUCUCCAUCUUUGACAGAUGGUCGUCCAUCUUUUAUAUUGAUCACCUCCAAAUUGUGUCUCUCUAGUUGCUUCUCAGGGUGAUUCUUUGUCAUCCAUGCUAAAAUCAAGUUAUCUGAGAUAACCUGUUUUCAGAUGGUAUAAAUUUUCAGACGUUAUAUAAUCUGUUGGUGUAAAUUGUACAUUCCAAUGCCUCGUACGAGAAACCGCAUGGCUUCAGAUUUAUGGAAUUCUUGCUCUCUCUCUCUCUCU